CAAUCAGUUAAUCAGCUGGAGGUGCGGUGGCUUCUCCAUUCCAAACCUGGGCUCCAACAGUGCGGCACCAGUAAGGUUAUACAAUUUCAGCUCUUGACCUUCUGACUUUGAGACUGAAAUGGAAUCCGAUUUGUAUCUUACCCAGCUGAACAAGAAUACCAAUCGCCAGCCUGCGGUGCCUGCCAAUGGAUCAGGUCGCUAUACCAUCAAAGGGCGGCUUCCCCCAAAACCAUACACCAUUAGAGAAUAUAUUGACCAGUUGGACCUUGUACCUCUAAGAAGUUUACCACCUGAGAUUCGUAGACAGAAAAUCGGCUUCAUGUUAAUCAAAUAUUUUUCCAGAAUGUUAUUAGUUUUGACUGCGCUGGUUUUCUUCUAUGCUGCUGUAAUGCUCCUAGCCAUCCUACACCCACCAACCUGCCGAAUGUCCUGUAACUACUCUAAAGUCUGUAUCUGCACCAACCAGAUAUGUAAUGGGGUACCCGACUGCCCUUAUGGAGACGAUGAACAGAAUUGCGGCUGCGGUGUAUCAUAUAACAGUGUAGCCAAUUAUAAAGUAGGAGGAGCUAAUGCUGCCUACGGAAACUGGCCGUGGCAAGUUGGUCUACGGUACAAAACAGGACUUUUAUGCGGCGGGUCCAUCAUUUCCCCCAAGUGGAUAGUGACGGCAGCUCACUGUGUAUAUGGAUCUCGUUCAAAUGCUUCUGGUUGGAAGGUUUUCGCUGGGGCUCUGACCCUGCCAAGUUACUCUGAUGCCAAUGGCUAUUCUGUAGAGAGGAUCAUUGUGUUCCCUGGUUAUAAUUCUUCUGAUAAUGAUAACGACAUCGCCCUGAUGAAAUUGACAGAUAAAAUUACAUUUAACUAUAACACCCAGCCGGUGUGCUUACCCAAUGCCGGAAUGUUCUGGGAGGCCGGCACACAAUGUUGGAUAUCUGGUUGGGGUACAACCGCUCAAGGAGAUAACAUUGCUAGGACUCUGCAGUAUGCCGAGGUGCAACUGGUUCCCUCGCACGUGUGCAAUCAGUCCCAUGUAUAUAAUGGGAGCAUUACACCUUCUAUGCUAUGUGCUGAUGGUCUAUACGGGUGGAUAGGUUCCUGCCAGGGGGACGCCGGGGGACCUUUAGUAACCAAAACAAAUGGCACUUGGUGGCUUGUUGGUGACACCAGCUGGGGGGUCGGAUGUGCCCAACCCAAUACACCUGGUGUAUAUGGGAAUAUGGCCAUGUUUGUGGAAUGGAUAUAUUUACAGAUGAAGACUUAAAGUUGAUCAGUGAUCUUUGUGAUUUGAUUCUGAUGAUUCAGAUUAAAAGCCUAUGAUAUUGAGAGAACACAGCAUUUCCGCUGAGGUCCCAGAACCAGAGGGCUUGCUUGGCAAUACAAAGAAAUAAAAGCAUAAAGGACAUAUUAUACUGUGUAACCGUCCAACCCAUGGGCCUCCAGCUGUUCUUCAACCUCCACUCACAUCUCCCAGACCCAUAGCAGGAAGCUCCCUUUCUCUUGCCCCAGCCCUGGUAUAUAUACAGAGCUUUCUCUCAAUAAAGUACCAUGUGGUCAGGGAGUUUUGAUCGGAUCCCUCGGAUACAGAGACGUUGAUGUUGCUUUAAGACCAGUCUUUAUUAACCACACGUUACUUGAUGCCCAUUCUUUUGGAGCGGUGCCUAUUGAAGCAAAUCAAAGAUACCGCCAUGAUAAUGUUGGCCGUACAGCACCUACUGAGUGGCUUCAAUUUCUCCAACAAGUGGGCGCAUUUUUGCACGACCACAACUGAAUGUCCCCUCACUUCUUCCCAACAUAUAAAGUAGAAGCAGCCAAUGAGUUAAGGUGCAAACAUUUUGUUCCCCAGAGUAUUAGACUCUACUGAAUGUAUUCAACUGUCUUUAUUAUUUGGGGGGUGGGGUGGGGGCAUGAAACCGGUUUUGCCUAUUGAAAGCAAAUGUAUAUCUAAGCAAAUUUCCAGUACAGGUAUGGGAUCCCAUAUCUGGAAAACCGUUAUGCAGAAAGCUCCAAAUUAUGGAAAGGCCGU